AUGUCGACCGAACAAACAGCCAACGAAAUCAUCACCUUGUUGGGCUUGACGCCGCACCCAGAAGGAGGCUACUUCUUCAAGAGCUUCCAGGACCCACAGUCACAUAUAGGCCGAGCGCACAGCACAUGCAUCUAUUACCUUGUUAUCGGAAACGGAGGUCCCACGCGCUGGCAUCGCAUCAAUGACGCUUGCGAGGUUUGGCAUCACUACGCUGGUGCGCCUCUUAAGAUAUCAGUCGCCUGGGACGACGAGACGGGUGUCAGGAGCAAGAUACUUGGAAAGGAACUGGCUCGAGGACAGAGACCUCAGGCCGUGGUUGAGAAGGCUCAGUGGCAACGCGCGGAAUCGCUGGGGGAGUGGACGUUGGUAGGCUGUCAUGUUGCACCUGGAUUUGUUUUGGAAGGGUUUGAACUAGCCGAGGAUGGAUGGCAGCCACGGGGUCAGUCUGGGAAUUGA